AUGACGAGCACCGAGCCUAUCACCACCACACUGUCGGCUAUGCCAGCCCAGCAGCCAUCUCCCAAAUCUCCAACAUCCCCCGCCUCAACCCCGAAGUUCAGCAAGCACAUCAUCUUAACCACCUACCCAGGCCAAAGUGGCAUUGAACCCGUUCCACUCGAGUGGGGCGCGUCCGACGCCAAAUCCCGGGGUCCAGUAGUUGUAUCGCGGAGCGGCAACCUCGUCAAGCGCCGAAAUGCCAUCGGCGCCCACGGCGGUAGUUACAGCAUUUAUAACGCUCUCGCAAUCGCUGCGGGUGACUUGGAUGCCGAUUUCCGACCGGACUUCCGCAACAGCGAGCCCACUUUCAGUUUCCCUUGGCAGAAGGCCUGGGCCGACAAGACGAAGAUCGUCUCUAUGGACCCCUAUGGCCAUGACAUCGUCAACCAAUUCAAGGAGGAGCUAGAGGCCGGCUGGGAUAUCCGUCCUACCAUGGCGGUGACUCGGGCUAACAUGAAACUGGCGGAGAUUGCUGACGAUGUGAAGAACGGUCUGCUGGAGGUUGAUGGGUCCAUUCUCGUUGACUCCUCCGGAGAAGUCCGCGUCACUAAGGUCGCUGUCGAGCCAGUCUGGUACCUGCCGGGUGUUGCCGAGAGAUUCGGCGUCGAUGAGGGAACCCUCCGUCGGACAUUGUUCGAACAUACCGGCGGCAGCUACCCGGAGCUGAUCACUCGGCCCGAUCUGAAGACAUUCCUCCCCCCGAUCGGAGGCCUUACCGUAUACAUUUUCGGACCACCGGAGCGGAUCACCGAUGAGAAUGUCAAGCUGGCCUUGCGUAUUCACGACGAGUGUAAUGGCAGUGAUGUCUUCCAGUCGGAUAUCUGUACUUGCAGACCAUACCUGGCCUUCGGUAUCCGGGAAGCCAUCCGGGAAGCACAGAACGGCGGCAGCGGUGUAGUGAUCUACUUCCGUAAAGAAGGACGAGCCCUGGGCGAGGUGAUCAAGUACCUGGUAUACAAUGCCCGCAAGCGUGGGGGCGACACAGCCGAUAAGUACUUCACCCGGACAGAGAACAUCGCCGGUGUUCGAGAUAUGCGAUUCCAAGCUUUGAUGCCGGAUAUUCUUCACUGGCUCGGCAUAACGAAGAUCGACCGCAUGCUUUCCAUGUCGAACAUGAAACAUGACGCCAUUGUCGACUCGGGUAUCGAGAUCGUCGAGCGUAUUCCUAUUCCCGAAGAGAUGAUCCCCAGUGACUCCCGUGUCGAGAUCGAUGCUAAGAUCAACUCCGGAUACUUCACAACUGGUAAGCAGAUUUCUGCUGCUGAGCUUGCUCAGGUCCAGGGACGUGGCUGGGAGAAAUGGGAGGAUAUUGCUCACUAA